CGGCAUGUAGUGUCAACCGUGAAUGUUUUACAACUGGAUUUUCUGCUAUAACACGGGGCCUUUUCUAACGCAAGUGACGCGUAAACUGUUUCUGUCCAAAACAAAGAACAGGUAUUUACUUUUUGGGUUUGAAAAAACAAGUCGUUGGAAACAAACGAUAAUCAGAUAAGUCGUGUAUGGUGCUAUACUGCCUAUGUGGAUGCGGUGUUGACUAUAUGUUCCACAUUCAAUGUUCUACCAGUUAUACAUUGUCGGUCGGUUGUUGAUUACAGGUGGGCUGAGAAGAAAGUAGGUCACCGCAAAGCAUUCUGGGAGUAAAUGACUCAUGGCGGAUACGUGAAGCCACAGAGCUUGUUUUACAAUCGGAGCUUUGGAGUGGACCGCAUCUGUGUGUCGUUUGUGUGUGGAAAUUACAAGCAAAACCUUCGACAGUUAUGGAACGGAUACCAUAUCGUUCAGCUGGAUUAUUUACAAUUUUCCUUCUUAUAAUAGGUGUUUCUCGUGUUUAUGGAAUAACGGUGACAGCAAGAGAUGAGACAGGAAUUAAAGGACCCAACCCAGUCGCUGUCAAGUGUGAAUAUGUACUGGCACCGGGAGAAGUACUUUUUUCAAUAACAAUGAGUAGAAAAAGAACAACAGAUCCAUCUUAUACGGACAUCGCUGUUUUUAGACCAGAUGUCAACUCAGCACUCUAUGGUGCAAGUGUUGCAGAGGAUUUUAAACUUCGAACAACACUCAUCAUGUCUGAUGGUUCCACAAGUGUGCGUUUUGAUAGUGUAGAAUGUGAGGAUGAGGCAGCCUACCGCUGUACUGUUAGUUAUCAAACCGCAGGGACCACGGCUGCUACACAGACAGCUGAUAUGAAUCUUCUAUUGCAAGCACAACCCUUGACACCAACCAUAACACUGACUCCUGCCCACGCUGAUGGCUACACAGACGGAGAGCAGGUUCAUUUCCAGUGUCAGGGAUCUGUUGGAAAACCUGCAGGAGACUUCUUGUGGUUCAGGUACCGUGGUAACACGCCAGAGGACAUAACUAGUCUAGCCAUACUAAACCCUGCCUAUUCAAGUCCAGGAACCUGCACCUCUGAUCGAAUAAGUCAGCUGAAACUGAAUGUCAGCAGACAAGACAAUGGAAUGACCAUCCGGUGUGCAGCAAACCACACUUUGCUCACAAAACCUACAGGAUUUGAAACAUGCAACUCUACAUGUAGACAAACUGACAAGAUCACAGUUUUCUAUACAUUCACCGAUAGUGACCCCGAUGUCAGCUCCAACCCUGCAGGUGGCACACACACCGUUGGCGACACCGUCACCCUGAAGUGUAAUGCUGAUACCAACCCACCAGCAACCUUCUCCUGGCACAAAGAAGGAGACGAUAAUUCCACCACGCCGGGCGAAGAAUGGACACUUUCUAAUCUUCAGAUAGAAGAUUCAGGAACAUACACAUGUAUGGCCACCAAUGUUGUCGGUGGUGUGACGUACAAUGCAUCAAGAUCUCUCAACAUCAAUGUUGUUGCAACAACAACCACCCCUUCCACCACACCCUCUACGAGUACACAAAGCCCUCCUUCUGGAAAGACAGAUGCUGUUAAGCCCGGACCAACAGACGACGGAGACAACACUACCAUCAUCAUCGUCGUGUGUGUCGUCGUCGGGCUGGUGCUUAUUUUGGGCAUCAUCGCUGGCGUCUGCUUCUACAGACGAAGAAAGGCAAAGAGUCCCCCUGAAGAGCCAUCUGAAAAGCCAUACAACAAUCAGAAUAUGUCGAUAUACAGCACAAAACCGGACCUGGUGACGAACGACAACAAGAAAUUCAACCACUACAAUAAUAAAAAUGAGGAUGCUCUGAACUACGCAGACUUGCAAUUCGACACCAAACCUCGUAGUCGGAAACCGGUGGCCCUGGCGGACACCAUGACAGAUUAUGCUGAUGUUUCGAUGCCUCAAGUCUGAUAAGGAAUGUGUCGAUGUCCCACAUGGUGAUAUGAGCGUUAUCAGAUGUCAUGUUCAUUGCCAUAUAAACAAUAUCACUUGUAAAGAGAUAUCAUGUAUAUUGAGAUACGUUACCACACAUGAUGUGCAUGGACAUCUAUCAGUGCUAUGUAUGGUUUCUGUUACUUAAAAAUUGAAAAAAAUGAGCUAAAAAGAGAGAAAAAGAGUUUGUUUCCUCAAUCGAUGUUUGUGGAAACGGCAAUGAUGCAUGUAAUGAUUUUGUUUGUGUGUUUUUCGUUGGAUUGGGAAUGUCCACACAUACAGUUUACCAUUACUGGAACAUUCUGUCCAUCGGGAUCUAGGAUCUAGUGAGUAGUGACAGUGUCUUCGUGGAGUGUCUACAAUACUACAGUUACUGGAGACUGACUCUUCGAAUGUGGUUACCCAAAUGAACAUGUCACCUUGAACGUUACAGAACUACAUGUGUGACAAGUUUACUGAAGUCGAGAAAAUGAAACAUCACUUUCCUCAACUAGACACAACGGCUGUAACUUUCCCAUGGGAUUUGCCAAAAGACGGGAAAUGAUUUUUUGACCAGUGGAGGAGAAACACACGGCGUGAUCCUGACUAAACUAUGUUUUCUUGGAAUUUAAGCAUUUCCCCUCCUGUGACAAUAUUCAGUUGUCCACGGAGGUUGUGACCUUAUAUCCUCAUACACUGAUUCCACCUGUUUUUGUAUCUGGCUCUGUGAAUUGUAUUCAAGUACUCGUAACUAAUUUGUUAUCAGGGAACAUUUGUUAAAAGGGAAACAUGAUAAAAUCACUCGGCUACAGUUGCUUGUUUUUCAUCACAAAUUGACUAUUAUUGCCAGUCUAUUGUCUAUAACGUACAUGUUUCACACAACAAAUUGAUUAUUUGUUCUGAGGAUAUAAAGUCGAAAAGGCUAAGAUUGGAUUUGUGAAGACAUUUAUCAAGGUUAAUGGAAUACCAAAGAUUAUGUGGUUCUGAUUUUAGGCUUUGGUGUGUUUGCCAAGAGUUUUAAAUGUCUUAGGAAAGUAUUUGUCCUGACCCUUAACCUGUCUUGCUAACAUUAUCAUAAAUACCCCAAAAUAUUAGCCAGUUCAAAAUGAGAAAAUCUGCACCACAAUAUAUUUUUUGUUGACAAGUGGAAAAAGAACUGUUCAGGACAAGGAUCUGUUGGGUCCUUUUGGAGCUGUCUUUCUUAUUGGUAAAUUGACCUGGCAGACAAGGGACAUGACCCUGGAGAUUAACAGACCUACGGAGACACUACAGAUUUCACAGACCUACUGAGACACUAAAGAUUUUAAGGACCUACUGAGACACGACAGAUUUCACAGAUUUACUGUGACACUACAGAUUUAACAGACCUACUGAGGCACCACAGAUUUGCUGAGACACUUCAGAUUUAAAGGACCUACUGAGACACUACAGAUUUUAACACUUUACCGACUGUCCCAAAGAUUUGAUGCCUGCCCUUAAAUUGCGCAUGAAUCAAAAUCGUCAGAAGAAUGGGUUAGUCUUGUUGAAUAUUUCAAACUUAUUGAAACAUGGAUGGGAACUUCAAAAUAUUUAAGGCCAGAGUGACAGCUCAAGACAUGACUAAAAAGGACCAUUAUUUUCUAUGAUAUCAAGCGUGCAUGCUAUAAUUUCAUGUAAAAUAAAAUGACUUCAAGGAGGGUUGUAUGAAGACUAGAUAACAGAUGUUCUUUCAGUUAAAACAGUUAGCCUAAAAAUAAGCCUCUUGCAACAGCGUAUUUUUUGUGCAUUAGUUUGAAGCAUAAAUAUUUUUUUCAUGCUUUUUGGGGGACAAUAUAUUUUUUCAGUGCAGUUCCAGCCAACCAGAAUAUCAAAUUGUCAGUCCCUUCGGAUGUUCUUUGCUCAUGUCCCCAGUUUUACCAAAGAUGUCAUAUUGCCAUUAUGCUCUGUGUUCUGGUAAUUGUGAUGCAGCAGGUGGGUGAGGAUGCCAUAAAUCCGCUCUGUUUUCACUGAAUAUUGAACAGGGGUAGUGUGAUAUCUGAUAGUGUGGUUCUAUGAUUGCACAUUCUUUGUUCUCUCAAUGUCAGAGAAUCCUUUGAAAUCAAAAUGUCUUUUGUGUGUGUGACAUUGUAAAGUUUUCUUUCAAGACUUGCACUUUUUAAGACUCAUGAUUGAUUCAUCAAGAAUUAAGUCAUUUCACUUCCAUUUAAUCUCAACCAAUAUUCUACACAUAUUUCACCACAUAGAAUAUGUUGUUUUUUUGUAUUUGUAUUUGUAAAUAGAAUAAAAUAUUGUUGUGCUCUUUACCCAAGUCUGCUAAGGGUCAGUUGGAUAUUGUAUUCAGAACAUCACAGUUGUCAUGGUAACUUGGAUUCUGUUGCCAUGGGGAUCAAACUUUUAGAUACUUAAUUAGCUUUGUUGGCCAGUUUCAGUUUUGACUGUCCUUGAAUGUGUGUUGAUAGCUUACCUUAAAACUGGAUCUCAUAGUGUUUGGUUUUCAUGGCAAUCUGUUCAUUUUAUUCAGUGUUUGAAUGGAACUUGAGCAAUGUUUUAUACUGCUUUGGUAGAGUUAUUCGUUUUGUUGUGAGAAUAAUACCUAUUCUUUAUGCCUAUUGUGAUAAUUUCUCUAAACUUAUUAUGAAAAUUAUCAUAUUUUUUCAUGAAUAGAAGGAACUUGAAACUGCAUUAUUUUAGUUCAGAUUACAAUAGAUGAGAUAUUAUCUCUGUCAUUGAUAUUAUUUUCUUCUCACAUGGGCUGUGAAACCAACCAAAACAUGUAUUUUUGUUUAGCUUGAUAGAGAGAAUGUUGUCAUUAAAAUGCUGUCAGCUGAUCGGCAGCUUACAGUUUGUGGCUGAGGUUGUAAACUGAUAAUCUGAAGUAACACUAAUGUAUUUGAUUCUAAUACAAUCAUUAAUAUGCUUCAGAGUCUGUUUAUUACAAGGCAAUGCCACUUUUAUGCCAAGAUCCUGAAAGCAUUUAAUUGAGGUUAAUAUCUUACAUUAGAGUUCUUGAAAUUAGAGUUUGAAUUGUCCUGGCUGAAUGCAUAAAUUUCAAGCUUGAAGAAAACGAGACAGAUGUAUAUAUAAAAUAUAAGUCAUAAAAGGAAAUUUGUUAUUUGAGUGCAAUUAUCUGAAUUAGGCAAGUUUUGUAAGUAAUUAGAUGCAAAUCUAAUCUUUCAUUUUUCUCUCCUUAAUUGUAUUGUAAAAUUAGAAGAAACACAAUAUCCAAAGCUAUGCCCCAAAUUCUAUUGCAUCAGUCAAUUUGCUUGUCAGAUCUAUUUCAAUAUUAAUAUGACACAAUAUGACAGAAACGACUGUUUUCAUUGAGUUGCAUGCAUAUUGUUUUCAUCUUACGUAUCAUGUAUAUUACAAGUAAUGUUAUUUUUCCUACUGUAUAUAUUUCUCCGAUGAUUCAACAUCCAUAUCUUCUCAUUUUGAUAGUUCAUUAGCACAUUGUGCCGAUAGUGAACAUGUGUUUUACAUUUUUUAAAAGAUCCCCAUGCGAGACCGUGAUCAGGGGAACUGAUCCCGUUAGUUAAAGAGAAGUUUUUAUACUGGUACUAUUUUUUAUAUGAAAUCAGGACAUUUUGGCCUUGGUGUCAGGCCUAGAUGGAUUUGGGUCUCAUUCUGUGAUCAUACAUAUUGACCGAAAUUCUCACAUGUUUUCGGUUUGUGAAAAUAGAGUUUGCUGCAUCAAAAACUUGACGUGGUCUUAAUAUUACGGGAAAGUGUUAUCUUUACACAAUCAGUCGGUUUAGGAUCUUGCAUAUUACCAGAUUAAGUUGUAUGAUCUCAUUGCUGUGUACAAUGUACAAUAGAGUUUGACAUAGUUCUGUCUGCCUUGGCUUGGACCACACCUAGCUGAAAUGUCGUAUUUAAAAUACGGAAUUUGUAUUUUCCUUUCUUACUAUUUGUAAUUCUGCUCCGAGUUAAUUUAAGUUAGUUUGCCUUAUAGGAGCUCAAUUUGAAUCCAUCAUUUUCAUGUUAACACAGUGGUGAAAUUCCUGAUUUUUAUAAUUUAGUUUUUCAUUUCUCAAAUCUUUUUUACCAUUCUGAAAAUCAGACUUUUUGAACUCCUUGGUGACAUCUCCUUAAUUGUGUUGUGUGAUUUUAAAAGAAUUGUAUUGAGUAUAUUAUGCAUACUUUUACUUCCACACUUUUAAGCUGUGCACUACAUAAGCUACUUGCACGUUAUUUAGAAAUGUGUCCAUAAGACCAUAUGGUGAUAGCGGUGGUUUCUGAUGAGCGUAUAAGUGUCUUGCCUGUAUGCAUGAAUGUUGGUUUUGUUGUUUGUCCACUCUUCUGUAGUGGCGUUUUAAUUGCAUGUCAUCCUAUAUUGUCAUCACAUUGUCCCCAUUGUCGUCAUUGUCAUCAUUGUCAUCUAUUGUUAUUUCAUUUUCAUUAAACAUCCUCUAAUCCCAGGUGUGUUUUCAUCAAGCUGCCAGAAAUCGCUUGAAUGAACAGGUGGAGCAAGCAAUACUCUGAAUGUUGCCAUCAAGCAUUUUUAUUGUGCCAUCUCUAUGUUUAGGGCCAGACCAUUUUAUGGGUGACAAGUUUGCUUGGUUGGGUGAAAAAUCUUGCUCAACAUUAACCUAAGCAGCCCAUUUUAAACUUUAACAGAGAUAGUUUUGUACUCUUUUUAUCAGAUUAUUUGUGGCCAGGAACUAUAUUAUUUUAUUAUCAAUUGUAAUUUUAAAGAACUACAGUUUUUUAAUUAUAUAAAUUUUGUGUACAUGUCAACUUUGAGGUGGCAAAUGAAAAGAUGUUGGAUGGGCAAAUAUGAACAUGUUUAAAUUAUUGUCAUUUUCUUGCUGGAGUCACGUGAUUCAUCUGGUAAGGUGUGUGUCCUGAAGGUUCUAAGUGUUGAUGUACAUAUCCCUGGGGUUUUAGGAUGCAUCCUGGUCAUAAUUGCUUAUUUCAGAUUCAUUUGUAAUUACAUCAUGAUUAGAUUGUACAUAGGUCAAAUUAGAUUAUUAUCUCAGAGCAUAUUUUAUUGUAAUGCUAGCAUGAUCAAUCAUUAUAAACAUAACAAAUAAAACAAAUUUAUAAUAA